CAGCAGAAAGAGAGGAAGACAGAAACGUUCAGGCAGAGGGACCAAGAGGGGGGCAAUAAGGCGCAAUGGCGACCGUGCAGUGCUGCAAAUGCACGGCCGAAAGGAAAGGGUUUCGGCGGGAACUUGAUUCUUGGCGACACAAAUUGAUACACUGCGUUGGGUUUGAAAGCAUUCUGGAGGGAAUUUAUGGCCCACUACUGCUGAGAGACCUCAAUUUAUUUGAUGACUGUGAACCUGAAGAGGUGGAUGACUGGUCCCCAGAAGCAAGCUGCUCUCAAUGUUCAUUCUGCAACCUUCCCUUGGACAAACUCAGUGAUCAAGUACCCGCAGCCACGUCGCCCCUCUCCUCCCCCUCUGAUUACUCUCCCUGUCAAGCUCCAAUCAUCUCUGAGAGCAGCCAAUCAGCACACAGGUUCCUCCAGGCUGUGUUUCACAAGAAAGAUGUUCCCCUUGGCUGUGAUUCCAACAUCCCUCUGGUUGCUCAGGAGCUGAUGAAGAAGAUGAUACAUCAGUUUGCCUUGGAGUACGCAUCCAAGUGCCUACUCCACACCAGUACAAAUGGUGUUACAACAAGGACCUCAUCACCUCUGUCAGAAACAUCAGAUGCCCCUCUGGACCUCACAGUGAGCCGAACCCAGGAGGAGAAAGAGAGUGAAAGUGAACCAGAUGGCGUGCUCGACCUCUCCAACAGGAACUCUGCCUGCUCAGCAACUUCAUCAAAAUCCUCAUCUAAUCACAGAGCCUCAGGGAGGCAUCGCAGGCAGAAGGAGGAGUACAUUGAGAGGAGCUUGGAGCUGUCUGAGGGUUUGCUGUCCAAGGCCUUGAAGGAUAUACGUUCAGGGAGGCUGCAAGAGCAGCGGGCUGCGUUGCUUUAUGGAAUACCUCUUCACACCCUGAGGCAAGGUCUGGACGGCUGGGCUGAGGGAAGGCUGGGGAUGCUUCAUCAACUCGCACCAGGAGGCAGAGAUUUCAGGGAUGAAGUGACAUCCUACAAUGUGAUGUCAUCAAUGUUUGGUGGUGAAGCCCGCCUUGUUCUGCAGAAGGUGGCAGCGUGGGCAGAGCGGGCAGAAAUUGGAGGAGUAGCAGAGGAGAAUGGAGAUUUGAGUUUCCCUUCAUCCUCUCUUACCUUUUAUCAGCCGAGUGGUCUACAGAAGACCCUCCCCCACUCUUUUCCCCAGCUCAGGGAUGUGCUCAAGCCACCACCAAGCCCCACCCCCAGUCUGGAGCCACCUACGCCCCUGCGUAUUCCUCAAGUCCGUUCGGUGUCUGACCAUAACAGGUCAGUCCCAGCUGAGAAUUGCAGCGUGGCUGAAAAUCAACUUAAACGAACCUCAUCAACAGAAGGUACUGCCAGUUCAUCAACAGCUACUGCUAGACCUUCAUCUCUCUUCAAACUUAGACCUCCUUUCUUACCACAUGGCUGUCCAGGCAUUGCCAACCAGUCACCUCAUCGCCUGGGACCACGCGGGUCCUCGCUGGAUGAUUCAGAAGAGGGGGCAGGAGGCCGGGAUAAAGACAAGCAGCCGAGAAAGAAACGUGGAAGAUACCGCCAGUAUGACCACGACCUGCUGGAAGAGGCCAUCACCAUGGUGAUGGGAGGUCGCAUGAGCGUGUCAAAGGCCCAGGGUGUUUAUGGUGUGCCGCACAGCACACUGGAAUACAAAGUCAAAGAGCGUACUGGUACACUGAAGAACCCGCCCAAGAAGAAAUCUGCCAACUUUUGUUCAUCCAAUUCCAACUCGUCUGGAUCUGGUACCACGACCGGUUCCACUAACUCAGGGACUCUUGCCUCAGCUGCUGACGCAAAGAGGUUCUAGACCACGAAACGCCUCCAGAACUCCUCAACACUUGAACUCAUCACCUCUUACAAGAUAAUUGUUUUCUGGAGACACUUGUUAAAACACAACACAUGCCUUUACAAAUUAUAUGGAUAUUGAUAUUCAGGUCUUUUAACUAUGUGUCUGUAAUGUGAUAGUCAUACUUUUAGCAUUUCUCUAGCUUAGUCCUGGUCCAGUCUCUGGGCUUUGAUUAAAGCAGUUACGAGGUUCAGCAUUUUUUAAAGAGGCAGUGGUGCUCAUUGCAGCUUUAGUCCACAGGGGCUGCUAAACUCAACAAACUCCUCGUAGCUUCAGUUUUUAUCACUAAAGCUAAAAGAUCUUUAAGGAUAUGGCUUGCAUUAUAUUAUCUGUUUAUUAAGAACAACAAAUCAACCUGUGGGAAAGACCAAAACUAAAUUUAAAUUUUCAGUGGCCACAAGUUUCUUUAAUAGUUUUUUGGUGGCAAAGUGUCAGAUGUGUCUGCACAAAAUGCAUUAAAUAACAUAUAUAUAUAUAUAUAUAUAUAUAUAUAUCAUUUCUGCAUGACAAUGAAGUUCUACAGUACAGAGAUAUAAGCUUAAUCAGUCUAUGGUUAAAAAGACUACUUAUAAGGAAAAGUCUGUUGUUGGUUUUGGUCUUGUUAGGAAAUUUGUUGGUAAUCAGAUAAAAAUAAACACCAGCAUUAUCCUUAAAGAGCUUCAUGAAGUUCUCAACUUUGUUUUCAUAAUUCUAUGAUUUUGUUUUUCCUCAAGGAGAAAAACUGACAUUGAUUGUUAUCCACCAGAUUGCCCAGGAUCAAGUAUGAGAAACACAGUUGUGGGCUGGAGCUAAGAAAUCAAGUGUGACUCUCAUGUUUGCUAGCUGUUAGGUUAUUAGGUUAUUCAGGUUUGAUUCAAUUCUUAAAGCUCCUUGUUAAUGGAGCGUUGAUGAUUGUCAUUUGCAGCUUUCUAUCUCUCUCUGGGUAUUUUACCUAGGCUACUGAAGUGACUUAGAGCCAUUAUGACAGAUUAAAAACUCUGCUAUUGGUAGACACCUCUACAAACAGGGAGAUUGUACAGUACAAAGUGCUGUGGUGGCUACAUCUUCAUUAUGAGUUUUUGUUAAAGAGAUUAGCUUAACAAAGCCAUUUCCUGUCCACAUAGUUUUCCUCUCUAUUUGUGCAAGCUAGUCUGAAUUGUAUUGAGUGUAGUUGGAAUGCAACUGUGCAGCAUGUUUUAAAAUGUGCACUGAUAAGCUUGGGAAAUAUGGUAUUGUGUAUGUGUACUGUUUGUGAAAGAUGUUCUUUUUAUUAUCACAGAUAUUUACUGAUUCUGCUACUGUAGCUGUAUUACUGUAAACCUCAUACAUGACUGCUGCUUAAAAUUUUACGCUACUGUACCCGUUUCCCAGGCACAAAGAAGCCUAGCUACAACAAAGAAGCUCAUUUCAACUAGAAUUUAGUGUACCGAUAGGGUUAAAUGUUAUUGAUGGUUGAUUGUGUAGGCGACUUGAGGUUACAGUAGCUUCUGGUGAAACAUAGGCAGUGCGACAAUGACUUGAUUCAGUACGAGGCUUACAGGCUUUUUUUGUCUGUGUCUGGGGAAAUGCUAAAUGUUGCGUCUACACUCAUGUCUGUCUCUGAGAUGAGCUUAUUUCCAUUAACAGUGCUACUACCAAAGCAGCAGUUCAGGGUUACCCACACAAAGCUGCUUCGAUUUGUUUUGCUGUGAUGUCAGCCUGCCUGUCUCUCUCUUUCUCUCUCUUUCUCUCUCUCUCACUCACUAACCUCGUUGCCACAUAUACCUCUGAACUUUCUCUGCCUAUAGCCCAGUGUCAGGUUUCACAUCAAGGCUUCUGUGUUAUGAUACUGAAUCUACUGGGGUAUGAGCUCCUAUUAGCUUAGGAAUACUUAUGAGCUGUUUGUCUCUUUAGGAACAACACCUAAGUGUAAAUAUAUUGCCAUCAACAACAUUUUAACUUCUUCAAGUAGAUUGUUAUACAGACAGUCAGCCAUUAAGUGGAGGAAUUAAAAAAAAAAUGGUUUUAACUCUGCCCUGCGGCAUUUACAGGAGAUCUGCCAUGUAUCUCAGCUUGCAACCAGGAAGCAGAGAUUCCUGGUUCAAGUAUUUGUCCUUGUUGGUUAUCUUUGUAUGUGUUAUUUGUAAUUUUAAGGCUAAUUGUAAAGCUUUUUAUUUGUAACUUUGGCAACUAUACAACUUCUGAUGUCUCCGCUCCUGAAUGUCUCCACUCAUAACAGUACACUGCCUGCCUAUGUCUGGGGCUACAGCAUAGUGCAGCAUGAUGUCUCUACUCUGGGAAGUAUCUGCUAUUUAUAUCAAAGGGCCAGUUUGUAAACAAGCCUAAACACCUCUUAACAAAUAGAAAAAGUUGAUUAUUUAAUUGUAUAAGUUUGAUUGCAGUAUAUUCUGGGAACACACCUGGGCUUGUUUUCAGAUUGAGCCUAAGGCAUUUUUUUGUUUUUGGGGUUUUUUUUGUUUUUGUUUUUUUGCUGGCAAAUCUUUGAAAGGAGUUAUCAGAAACCUGCUAUUUAUGCAUAAAUCAAUUAUUGCACUAUGAUUUAUAAAAAGCAUUUUUGUUGUAGAAACCUGUUUUGUGUUGUUGCUGCAUACUUAUUUAUUGAUUGUGCUAAAGAACUGUGAUUUUACUAGUUUGAUUGUUGUAGUUCUUGAUUUGUGAUGGGGCACUUUGAUGCAAUGUGAAAUGUGUAUUGCUACAACUGCAUGAACGCUUUUAAAUGUUAGCUUAUAUAAUUUAUUUAGUCCUGAAAUGAAACCUCUGACUAUUGUGGUUGUUUAGUGCUUAUGUUAAGAUGCGAUUAUUUGUGUUUUUUAAAAAAAGAUUUGAUUAUAAUAAACUCAACAGUAACACUACAGAAUGUAACACUCUUAUACUGUAUCCAGCCCAGUUAAACAGGUCUGGGUGCAAACAAUACUUAUAUUGUUAGAAAUAAUAUCCACUAUCAAACACUUUUAAUAUUAUUUAAAUCAAUGACUUGCUUUUGUAUUGAAAUGAAUCACUCACAGGACCUGAUUUAACUGUUAGUUCAUUUGAACAUUAGAGGUUUUUUUUUGAUCCGUUAGUUUGUUGGUGAAAGUGCUGUUGAAAAAAAACAAACAUUUCGGUUUAAGCGUUUCUACAAUCUUUCCUUCUGCUUUUAGCAGAAUGUUAUCGUUUGCCUUCAGCAACUUAUCAAUAAAACGGUUCUCUGA